AGCAAACACGAGAGGAUACGUGUACUUAAUAUCGUUAUUUAUAAAACAGCGUUUAAACUCUCCUACCGAUAUAACAUUAGUAGUGAAAGCGAAACUAUAGCUCGGAUCCGACAUGGCAGAUAGCAGUGACGAUGAUAUUACAGACAGGCCACCUCUUCUGGAGACAGACUUAACGUGUCCUGUGUGCAAAGACAUUUUUAAGGAGCCCGAGUUGCUUUCGUGUAGUCACAGUUUCUGUAAGGUAUGCCUGGAAGGGAGCUGGAAGAAUCAAACGAAACGGCAGUGCCCCAUGUGCCGAAAAUGCUGCGACGGAGAGACGCCGAUCCCCAACCGUGCACUACAUAACGCCUGUGUGUCCUACAAGAAAGAGAGAAACCGGAGAGGAGCUACUACGGGUUCAGAGGAAGAACUCUGUGGUUUGCACCAGCGGCCCUUCCAGCUCUUUUGCAUCAAAGACGAAGAGCCCGUGUGCGUGGAGUGCGUGACUCUUCAUCCGGGACACGAGCUGGUGCCCACCGAGCAAGGGGUUCCUUUCUGCAAGGAUGAGCUUACCAUGAAAAUCAAAAUUCUGGAAGGCAAACUGGACUCCUUUAAAAGAAUGAAAAAAAGAUACAAAGAAACAAUCACCUUUAUUGAGGGCCAGACUAAGGAGGCAGAAAACCAAAUCAAACAGGAGUUUGAGAGACUUCAUCAAGUCUUAAAUGAAGAGGAGAAAUCAAGAUUGUUGGCUUUAAGUAGAGAGGAAGACGAGAAGAAACAAGUGGUGACUGAGAAGAUUGAAGCCAUCGGUCGUGACAUCACAGGCCUUGCUGAACUGAUUCAGUCUGUAAAGAGGGAAAUGGGAGCUGAAGAUUUGACCUUUCUUCUGAAUUUCCAAAAGUUAAAAAGAAGAACCCAGUGGACUGGUGAUGACCCCAGAAGGGUUAACGGAGCCCUCAUCAACAUGGCCUUGCAUGUAGGCGCUCUGGGUUACAAAAUCUGGGAGAGUAUGCAGGCUCACGUCACAUGUUUGCCUGUAAUCCUGGAUCCCAACACAGCUUCACCAUGGCUCUCCAUAUCUCCUGAUUUUUCCAGCAUGCAAGAGAGUCGAGAAAGACAGUCUUUCCCAGACAACCCUGAGAGGUUUGAUCCAUGUGUGUUUGUACUCGGCUCAGAGGGUUUCUCCUCAGGGCGCCAUCGUUGGGAGGUCCGUGUGGCCGACCACCCCAAAUGGAUCUUGGGUGUUUGCAAGGAGUCAGUAGUUCGGAAGAGGAAGUUCACUGUGACCACAACAGCAGGAGUUUGGACCAUCGGCCUAAGUAAAGGUGUCUACAACGCUCUAACAAGUCCACGCACUGUGCUCAAUCUAGAGAGAAGACCCGAAACUGUCAGGGUGAAGGUCAAUAUGGAGAAGGGAGAGGUGUCUUUCUGGGACACAGGCAACAACAAGCAUCUGUGCACGUUUAACGAUAAGUUCACUGGGAAGCUCUUUCCUAUCUUUGGCCCAGGGCUCCAGAGCACACCAAUCACUAUCUUACCUGCUAAAGUAAACAUACACAAACAAUAAGUACAAAUGACAACGCGUAAGAGUCUAAAAUGUCUGCAGUACUAUUUGAAUUUAACCAAAUUUAUGUAAUAUUUGGAAUUCUGUAAAAGGUCAAUCAACA